GGCUGUGUUAGGGCGGGUGGCUCUGCAGACCGCGCCGUGCCGCCGAACCGCUCGCACCGUGAGCCAUGCGACCCGCGACGCACCAAAAAUGAUACGACACUAACUCGAAAACUAUACUUCAAAGCAAUAACUUCAAUAAUCACAGAUAUACUCAUUAUAAAGUAAUUAAGAAACUUUGUAGUUGUUCCUGCUUUCGUCGAGUAUGUUUAAGAUGCGGCGAUCUUUGCUUCCAGUAAUACUUGUUACUACAAUAACUUUAUCUUCGAGUAACGUUCUUCCAAUAUUGUCCAUAAGCAAACUGAAUACAGAACCACUACUAGACGACCAAGAUAGUGACAAUACUUUUAAUAACAAACAUACAAAUGUAAAUCCAAAUAUAUUUUAUAAAGUUUUUAUUGAGACACCUAAAGCAAACCCACUGAAAAAAUCACAGCUGUUGCGAUCGAAUUACAUGGACAAUGAUAAUCAAGACGCGAAGAUAUUGAAUGGGAAAAUUGAUAAUGAAGAUAAUGAUGACGAAGGAUUUCGGAAAGAGCAGUGGCAUAAUUAUCCCCGACAGCUGGACCGACUUAAUAGAAACUUUAAUGCUCAAAAAGAGUUUGAUAAAAUAUUACUUGAUACCAAAGACCUAGAGAAUUUAAAAAGGAUCGAGGACUCACACGAUAAUCUUAAUCAAUUCAUGCACGAUGACGCAGAAAGUAUUGGUACAGAUACAAUUGAUGGCCCGUUAUUAAUUCUAAAAAUACGAUUAGCAUAUUUAAAUAAUAAUAUUAAUGAUGUAGAUUCAAAUAACUAUUUAUAUUCGGAUUUAGUGCCCUUAGAAUCAAACACAGAUAUCACAAAGGAUAAUGUAAGAGAAGAAAAUGUUUUUAAUGAAAACGACAUUGAAUCUCUCGUAAAAGUAAAAAGAAAGAUGAAAUCAAGGAAUCAGGAUUUUGCAUUUUUAGAAAAUUCUACAAACGACAAGAAGACCGUUAAAAAGCGGAUAUUUUCCUUAUGGAGUCGUCUACAAAGUCUCUCACACAGAGGUCACGAGCUCCAUCAUCGAAGACACCUGUACACCCUCUAUGGAUCCCCAGAAGACGGUGGUGGAACUCUAACAGCGGAGACUAGAGGCACAAUGAUGAGACCACCAGGAUCGCCUUUGCGUUGGGUUGGAAGUUUGUUGUUAAAAUUUGGAAUUUAUUUUUUAAAAUGUUGUUUUAAUAAUAAUGCAGUUUAUAAAUAUAUGAGUAGGUUCACUGGUGAAACUCGGACAAUACUUUAUGGGUUCUGGCUGUCGUCUUGUACGUGGCGCGUGCGCGUGGCACUGGCUGUCAAGCAAAUCCCUUUCGAAGAAAAACCUAUAGAUAUAGUCAAACAGCGCACACAAUUGACUGAUGAGUACCGUGCUAUUAACCCCUCGCAGAAAGUCCCAACUUUGGUUAUCGAUAACACCACGCUAGUAGAGUCAAUGGCUAUUCUUCAGUACUUAGAAGAAACACGUCCAACUCCCAGCCUAGUGCCCAACACUCCACUCCUGAGGGCUCGAAUGAGGGAAAUAUGUGCGACAAUCGUAUCAGGUAUACAGCCAUUGCAAAAUGUUGGCUUGAAGUCCCAUUUUAGCAGUGCAGAGCAAUAUACAAAUUUUACCAAAUAUUGGACGGAAAGGGGGUUACAAACCCUUGAGGAUUUGCUGCCGAGAACGGCCGGGCGGUUCUGUGUAGAGGACAAAUUGAGCAUGGCUGACCUUUGCCUGGUGCCACAGUUGUAUAAUGCUGUAUCAAGACAUCAGUUGAGUUUGGAGGCGUACCCGGUGGUUUCCAAACUUUACCAGACGCUUUUAAAAGAAAAAAGUUUCAGCGACACUCAUCCGGAGAAAAUCAAACAGAGAAGGAUAACUAAUUAAAUAAAUUUUGACUUUACGUGAAU